CCUACAUGCCCACAGCCGAUACCGAAGCACGGCACAUAUGCGUGUUGUUUCGUUCUCGAGGCCUUAAUUAAACCUCACCACACACUCCCUAUACACGUCACGUCCAUAUCCCUUGAGCAGUGUUGGCGCCGCCUGUCUUCCCCGCACCAUCCCACGCCUAAUUUCCCAUACCGUGGAGUGUAGCCGAUUCCACGCGCGAAUGAAUCCGUCCAAUGCUUUCUAUCCGAUCCCACCCAUUUUAGUGUGUUCCAACUUCCAAGUGUCAUGCAUGUUGACCUCAAGAAUCCCUUCCCUUUCCAACAGUCACAGGCGCACACGUUUUGCCAGGCCAACUACUCGUUGCUGCUCGAUCCUCCCGUAUGUAUAAAGCCGCCAUUGCAGGAGCUGCUCUGCUCACAACUUUCUCUUCCUCCCUCUCGCCCUACUUGUUGCCCACUGGUUGCUCUCCUACUCACUGAUAUACGCGCGUGAGCUUUGGUUGGCAUGGCCGUGGAGGCGGUUCUUGAAGCUGCGGCGACGGUGCCGUCGCCGCCUCCGAGGAAGGAGAUGGCGGCGUCUAGCAGCAGCAGCAGCGGCGAGGAGGCAUCGGCGUUGCUGCAGCAGGCGGAGGGGUGGUCGAGGCGGAAGCGCUCGAGGCGGCAGCGCGCGCUCCACCCCAGCGAGGAGGAGUACCUCGCGCUCUGCCUCGUCAUGCUGGCGCACGGCCACCGCGACGGCGCCCCUGCCGCCGCGCACGGGUGCUCCGUCUGCGGCAAGGUGUUCGCGUCCUACCAGGCGCUCGGCGGCCACAAGGCCAGCCACCGGAAGCCGGCUGGCGCGGAGGAUCGGAAACCGCAGGCGGCGGUGGCGGCGGCUUCCUCGUCGGGGUCCGGCGAUGCCGAGGCCGGCGCCGGAGGCGGCAAGGUGCACGAGUGCAACGUGUGCGGGAAGACGUUCCCGACUGGGCAGGCGCUGGGCGGCCACAAGCGGUGCCACUACGACGGCACCAUCGGCAGCGCCGCCGCAGGGCCCACGCACAAGCUGGCUGCCAAGGCAAGCGCGACGCCGGCGAGCCGGGGCUUCGACCUCAACCUGCCGGCGCUGCCGGAUAUCCCGGAGCGGUGCGCGGUUACAGAAGACGGGGAGGAGGUUCUCAGCCCCGUCUCCUUCAAGAAGCCGAGGCUCAUGCUCACGGCGUAAAUCGACAACCUGCAUAUACUUGGUCAAAGUUUAGGGUAGAACCUGCUAAUUAGUUGGUGUGCAUAACUGUUUAUAGCUUGCUGGUGAUUAGUGAUGACCAUCGAUUUCAUUCGUGUCUGUAAAGUAGGAACUCUAGUCAAUUGGUUUGUUCAUUGUAACUUCAGGAUUAUUAGACCUAGCUAGGUAGAUAGCUAGAUAGGUAUGGGCCAUCAGCUCGUUAGCGAAGGACUGAUUCUUUCAUUGCUUGGUUUGUGUGUGUUAAUCUGUCCAUGAAUAAUGUACAUAUGUAUCAUUAACGAAUAUUGAUUUCAUGAUCU